AUGAGUGAAUAAUAAACUCAAAAAAGCAUUUACCCAUUUUAUUAAUUUUGUUUAGGAGGAGCAUCACAAAACUUUUUGAAAUGUACUAAUUGUUUUAUCUUGGGUGUUAUUAUUAUUAUAUUGCUUUUUAUUCUGAUUCUAUAAUUGCGAAGAAGAUAUCGAACAGGAACUAAGAAAUUAUCAAAAAAGUGCAUCAUUUUGUACAUGAUAAUAACAAAUUUUCUAAGUAAUCAUGAUAACCAAAUUCUAGUAUUAUUAGUAGAGUCCUUCAUCAUUAGCAAUAAAUACAUAACAUAAUUAGAACCGUACUUUAGAACAAUGGUGUUCAUCUUCUUUUAUUAUUAUGUUAGUCUUAAAUUAAGCAAAUUAUCAACUGAUAGGAAGAAAGCAUAAGCAAAAUUCAGAUACAUUACUUUGUUCUUAUUUGCUUUAGUGCUUAUUGGCUUAAUAUUUGUACUCGUAGAAUUGAUUCAAGAUGAUUAAGUUUUCUAUGAAUGCUAUUGUAAGAAAUAACUAAUUCUAGUUAAAUAUAGUAAGAUCUCGAGAAUAGUUGGAGGAUGUGUAACAGCAAUUCUAGUUAUCUUUAGUAUGAAGUUAUAAAAUAAAAUGGAUGAUAAAGUUUAACCGCUUUAUAAAGAUCUUCCACUUUUAUAAAUGAAAACAUUUUAAAAUAAUGAAACUCAAAGGGAAGAUUUAAGAAUACUAAUUGUUAUGUAUAGUGCUUCCUAAUUUUUAACUAUAUUCUAAAUGAUUUACUUUAUUGCAAAGGAACAACUCAAUUCUGAAUUAUAAUUUCCUAAUUGUACACCUUGUCAAAUGAUUCCUUGUUUGAAGAUGUCGAUAAAUAACACAAUUGCAUUUGAAUUAUUAUUGAGAUUGUGUUUCUUAACAAUUAUCAUCAUAUUGCCAUAUCUAGCCCUUAUUUCCUUUUUUUGGGUCAAUUCAAAUUAAUUACAUAAUGAUUAUGUAUUAGAUUCUAUAUUAAAUAUAUUAUAGCAUAGAACCAUCUCGAAUGAAGAAGAUAUUUGGAUUAAUUUCUUUAAGAAAAUGGGAUAUGAAAAAUCCAAGAUGGCAUUAUCAGACAUCACAGAAUAAUAAGAAAAAUCUUCAUCAUUAGAUGUUUCUAAAUGA